GUGUGUUACAUAUAUAGGUAACAACAUAUUGAACACUUUUACGUACCAAACAAGGCGUGCAGUUGGCUUAUCAAUUUAAUUAAAAAAAAAUAUCUCAUUACCUUAGCGCGCUUCGGUAUGGAAAUGAUUUCGCAAUGUUCUUGGUUAAAAUUGUGUUUAGUGCGGCCGCUUGUUUAACGGUGACAAAUUAUAUUUUUGUUACGGGACAAGAAGACCAACAACAGGCACCGCCGCCUGAAGCUCAACCCGCACCACCACCGCAACCACCCCCAGAAGUUAAACCACCACCAGACCCUCUCGAUGAAGGUGGACAGCCAGCUGAAGAACCGACAGUCGAAGAAAAGACAGACCCACCACCGCCAGAACACCAUACAUACGUUGCAUUACUUGACAUAGUUUUCGCGGAUGGCAGUAAACGUACGUGUACUGGUACUAUUAUACACACCAAUGUCGUCAUUACAGCUGCUCAUUGCUUCAUUGACAAUCAUGCCAAUGACGCCGAACUCACCGCAUCAUUCGUUGUUAUUGGAACAAAAAAGAUGUACGACACUGGUUACGAGAACUAUUUGCCAAUAGAGAGAGUUAUAACACAUCCGAAAUAUAAGGGUUGGACCGCUGACAUCGCCCUGGUGUACACCUUUGCAAGUAUGACAGAUGACAAACCUGGCAACGUCAUACCAAUCAUUGGCGAAAGUGCGCUGACUCCUGUAGACUCCAAUGUCACCAUCCUCAGUUGGGGCCAUUGCAGAGAUGACAUCGCAACAAACACUCGUCAUCCAAUCCACGCAGGAGAAAAUAAACGUAUAUGUUCUACUGAAGAAGAUAACCAUGAUUCCUGCGAAGUAACUCCACAUCCUCUGAGGCAAGGUAGUUCUACGGAACAAGAACGCAGCAGUGAGCAGGACGGAUUCCCACAAAGAUCUCAGACUGAUAAAAAAACAACACACGCUCCUACAACCAGGCCGGGCAUAUCAUCGAAAUCUGCCCAAAGGCUAUCCCAGUACACAGUGCGGGAGAACUAUAAAGAAAGAUCACACGAACGCCAGGGAUUAACGCUGUCCAAUCGCUAUUUGUCACGUGAGUCAAAACCGAAAAAAGCUAAAUUUACCCCAAGUCCCUUAAUACCAAUAAGGAUGGAAGACUCAUAUCCGACGAAACAACGACAAUUUCGACAAAAUUCAUCCGUUCUCAAUGGAAAUUUGGACUACGAGUAUGCGCUUCUUGGGGUGCAAGUAAGGGCUAGAGCAAGAAAUGAUGAACAGACGGAUAAGUACGGGGUUCCAACUAUUCGAGUGUCCAGAGUCCCACGUAACUACGCAUCGAUGAGGAAUAGAACCGAUAAGAGAAGGGAAAUAAUGAGAAGAAGACCAAGUUUAACCAAAAAACGUCAUUACGGUGGGCGAAGGACAGUUGAACCAAAGGAUAACCAUUUGACAAUUGAAAUCUUCGGUUUUGUAAACGUUCAGACUUGCAAGAAAUUAGUUGACAGAGCAUUACCUGCUAUAUACGCAAUAAAUACGAACGAAGUUGUUUGUUAUGCAGCUGAAGAGCACUACAUAAGCGAUGAUGAUUCUGGAGCACCGGCUAUCCGUCAAGGACAUUUGGUGGCAGUGACCUUGGGCGGGGUGGAGUGUGAAGGAGACCACGUGGCUAUCGGGAUUAAGAUGAACUGCUUUUGUUCCUGGAUAGCUGAAAAUUUACCGGAAAAAGAUUUAAAUUGGAAAUGCUGUCACAAUUGCUGCAGCGGCUCAAACGGCGAAAACAAACCGCAUUUGCUCCGCUCCCCUCCACAUCCACCACAAAGAAUCAAAUAUUUGUAUAAACAUAAAUAAACAUUUUACAAUAA